AUGCCGCCGUGGCUAGGCCUACUUCCCAGCCUCUUCCCACGGCCACUCCGUCCCACCCCCAUACUGUCACUCAAAAAUGAAUUAGCAAAUAAGAGCGCCGGAGAGAAGUCUUUGUCUGAAGAGUACAUUGUCGGUGUUCUAACUCCUAAACACCCGGGGCCUAGGGAUUCUAAGAUUUUGAAUUUUGAACUGCUAACCCACUAUUUCCCCCAACAAGCGGACCCGGAUUACGUUCCGGGUCCACGUCGUCGUCGACCAGCUAACCGUCGGCCUAGGGCUCCAAGGCCAAGACCUGUGGCCGCCACCACUCCGGCCGCCCCGGCGGCUCGGGACCCGCCAAGGGUCCCCUUAACCGCCCUGGGAAAUCCCCGGGGCACCCCCAGUUCUUCUGUUUCAGGGUCAGCGAGACAGGGCCAGACCAAUAACCGCGACGACCAGUCGCAUGACGGUGAUGCCACACCGUCGAAUCCAACACAGGGGCGGACGUCUCCCUACCAACACGACCGACAGGCACCGCGGUCAUCACCGCCUCCAGGAGGCCCACGUCCGGGCAGUGUUAUUCUUCCCCCUUCCUCAGGUACGCCAUCCGAGCCAGUUCCAGCGGGUCCUGCACGUGAAGGAUCCAAGCGGGCCGUAACCGUUGGCACCAGUGAGUCAACAGCCCGAGACCACGCCGGAGCUGAGCAGUCCAACCCGGCCCGGACCGGAGGGUCAGCAGUUCCUGUCCCUCGGGGUGACGAGCAGUCCAUCCCAGUUCCCGCCAGAGGGUCAGCAGUUCCUGUCCCUGAGGGAGAUGACGAACCCGUCCCUGUCCGCACCAGGGGACCGGCAGCUCCUGUCCCUUCUCUCCCCUUUCUAUUAGGAACACCUACCCGGUGUGUUCGUGGCCACGCCAGAGCUGAGCAGUCCAACCCUGCCCAGACCGGAGGGUCAGCAGUUCCUGUCCCUGGGGGAGACGAGCAGUCCAUCCCAGUCCUCGCCGGAGGGUCAGCAGUUCCUGUCCCUGGGGGAGACGAGCAGUCCGUUCCUGUCCUCGCCGGAGGAUCAGCAGUUCCUGUCCCUGGGGGAGACGAGCAGUCCAUCCCAGUCCUCGCCGGAGGGUCAGCAGUUCCUGUCCCUGGGGGAGACGAGCAGUCCAUCCCAGUCCUCGCCGGAGGGUCAGCAGUUCCUGUCCCUGGGGGAGACGAGCAGUCCAUCCCAGUCCUCGCCGGGGGAUCAGCAGUUCCUGUCCCUGGGGGAGACGAGCAGUCCAUCCCAGUCCUCGCCGGAGGGUCAGCAGUUCCUGUCCCUGGGGGAGACGAGCAGUCCGUUCCUGUCCUCGCCGGAGGAUCAGCAGUUCCUGUCCCUGGGGGAGACGACGAUUCCGUUUCUGCGUCAACUCGCGAGGGGGUUCCCGAUCCGUCGUUCAAACCGCGUAACACCCAGAGUACCAUUGACGAACCUUCGGACAAUGAUAGUUCUCGACAGUCUCAAUCGCCCAGAAACAAAUUCAGGUUCGACCCCCCACCCACGCGACUUUCAGCUCGGCUGGCUCCGUUUCCUCCUAAGUUCCCGGUGUCCAUUUCUUGA